UAGUAGUAUCACAUCACUCAAAUCACUAAGACCGGUUGAUCAAGUGAAACAAUCAAGACUGAAGCCCAAACUAUGUCUACGAGAGGAAUCAAGUUUAACACGAAACACCUAAGAAAAGGUGAUCCACUCCCACCCUACACUGGCAAGCUUCGUCUGUACAACAUGCGCUACUGCCCCUUUGCUCAGCGCACUGUGCUCGCACUCAACGCUAAGAACAUCGACUAUGAAGUCAUCAACAUUAACCUCUUCGACAAACCCGAGUGGCUCACCAGCAAGAGUGCAUUCGGCAAAGUACCAUCGCUAGAAAUCAAAGAAGGCCUGUCCAUCUACGAGAGUUUGGUAACAGUGGAAUACAUCGAUGAAGUGUACCCUCAGAGACCCUUGCUGUCGAAGGACCCCGUGCAAAGAGCUUUAGAUAAGAUCAUUGUUGAAGCGAGCACACCGAUUCAGAACCUGUACAUCAAACUGAUCAGGUUUCCCAAAACUUUCACAGAGGAUACAGUCACAGCGUACAACAAAGCCUUAGAAUUCCUUCAAGAACAGCUGAAGAUCCGUGGUACGAAGUUUUUCGGGGGGGAUAAGCCAGGGUUCGUGGACUACAUGAUCUGGCCCUGGUUCGAGCGAGUCCUAUCUUACCAGAAGAUAGACUCCAGGGCCAAGAUCGACGCGGAAAAGUUCAAGUUAUUAUUGGAUUAUUUGCAGAAUUUGAAGCAAGAUCCCGUCGUGAAGCAAUAUUUGAUUGAAGAAGACGUUUUGUUUAAAUUCCUGGAACCAUACAAGACCGGCGGCGAGCCUGACUACGACUUAAUGUUGGAUGCAUAGACUGAUAUUAAACUGUGAGAACUAUUUUGAAAGAAUAAAUCAUUUUUAUUAAUAUU